UCUGAAGAGUAUAAAGGACUUAUUUAUUUAUUUUUUGAAUAACAAUAACAUAGAAUAUGUGCUGAACUGAUAAAUGAAGCCCACUGUGUGAAGUCCAUAUUACAGUGUGUGAUAAAUUGAGAAAGUGCGAGUGGUGUCGCGUAGUGUAGUGUCUGUGUUGUGUACGCGGCCGGGUUGGGUGGUCGCAGUCGGUCGCGAUGUGGGACUCUGCGACGUUCCUGUCGGCGCUGACGCCCAAGUUCUACGUGGCGCUGACGGGCACGUCGUCGCUGAUCUCGGGGCUGAUCCUGAUCUUCGAGUGGUGGUACUACCGCAAGUACGGCGCGUCGUUCAUCGAGCAGGUGUCGCUGGCGCACCUGGGCCCGUGGUUCGCGGCCGACGAGCCGGCCGGCGCGCCGCCGCCCAUGCCGCAGGAGUGCAAGGUGUGGCGCAACCCGAUGGCGCUGCUGCGCGGCGCGGAGUACGCGCGGCUGUGGGCGGCGGCGCGCCGCGCGCCGCUCACCUACUACGACAUGAACCUGUCCGCGCAGGAGCACCAGGCGUGGUUCGGCGUGCCCGGCGCCGACUCGCCGUGUGAGGCGGCGCUAGCGCGGGCGUGGCGCGAGCGCGAGCCGGCGGCGCGCGUGGCGGCGGCGCGCGCGGCGCUGGCGGCGCGGCCGGACUGCGCCGCCGCGCUGCUGCUGCUGGCCGAGGAGGACGCGCCCACCGUGGCCGAGGCCGAGCGCGUGCUCAAGCGCGCCUGGCGCUGCGCCGAGGCCGCCUGGCGCGUCUCCAGCGGCGCCGGCGUCGCCAACGUGGCCGGCUCCGCCGCGAGAGCGCGCAGGGACGCGGCGGUGCUGGCGCACGUGAAGCGGCGCGCGGGCAUGUGCGCGCGGCGGCUGGGCCGGCUGCGCGACGCGGCGCGCGUGUUCCGCGAGCUGGCGCGCGACGGGCCCGCGCCGCUGCACGCGCACGAGAACCUGCUCGAGGUGCUGCUGGAGCAGCGGCUGUACCUGGACGCGCAGGCGGUGGUGGCGCGCUACGACGAGCCCUCGCUGCCGGCGUCGGCCACCAUCCUGUACACGGCGGCGCUGCUGCGCGCGCGCGCCGCCGCGCUGCAGCCGCGCCCCGCCGCCGAGCUGCAGGCCAUCGAGGCGAUCCGGCGCGCCAUCGAGUUCAACCCGCACGUGCCGGCGUACCUGCUGGAGCUGCGGCCGCUCACGCUGCCGCCGGAGCACGUGCUGCGCCGCGGGGACAGCGAGGCGCUCGCCUACGCCUUCUGCCACCUGCGCCACUGGCGGCACUGCGAGGGCGCGCUCAAGCUGCUGCACCUCGCGCACUCCACAGGUCCGCCGGCGGCGGCGGGGGCGGGGGCGGCGACGGCGUGCUCGCUGUGCCUGGACCGCGAGCUGCUGCCGCCGCACCACGCGGCCUGGCGCGGCGGCUGGGCGCCCCGCCCGCGCGCGCUGCUCCCCCUGCUGGGCGCGCUGUGCGUGCUGGCCGCGCUGCUCGCCCUCUGCGCCGCGCGCUGGCCGCACGCCGCCGCCGCGCUCGCGCCCGACCGCCUGCUGCGCCUGCUGCACGACGUCUGACCCCCGCACCCGCACACGCACACGCACACUCAUGUCUACGGCGACUGAACCGUCGCUUCGGACCGAGGCCUCCGACCGCCGUUUACCGGACGGACGCCUAGACCGCU